CAAGAGAGCAUUGAACAGUGAAAGUGAACAAAUAUGCAGCACUCGUAUACAAUUAUUUUCGGCCUAGUGCUGCUGGCUUUGUGCCUUUGCCAAGGAGCACCCGUGGAGCAGCGCAUCGUCAAGUCAGAUGUGGAUAUAAGCGGCGAGCCUGUGCGACCGAAGCGUGCCAGUGCGGAUAAGGAUAGUUACAUCUGCUAUCCCAGCAGCGUUGUCUAUAGCUAUCACAAGGCUGUCGGUAGUCGUCGCAACUUCGAUAUGAAGCCAUCAGUCUAUCCAACUCGUCGUCGUUAUAUUUAUCACGCUGAUGAUUAUUAGGCAGCCAGAGCAACUUUUUUUGUUGCCAA